AUGGCUUCCCAAGUCAAAUUCUUCGUCGCCUUGUGCUUCAUUCUCAUCAACGUUUUGGUCAAUGUUCAAGGCUACGAAUUUACUAUUGGUCCUCAUGCCGAUAUUGAUAUCACAAAAUUUGAGGCCUCACUCACUGUCCCACCAUUUUCUAAGGAUGGCAGACAUCAGUUUGGAGCAGGUUGCACCAACCAAGCUCACGACUAUGCUCAUGAGAAUCGUCUCAGCGAUCACAACCCCGGUAAAUGGGAAGUUGAUAUGAUGCACGGUAGCGGUGGUAUUGCCACAGAUAACAACAUUUUGCCUGGAGAUAAGAUUCACAGUACUUUUGAGUAUAAUACUGCAACUCAUGUUACUAUCAACAAUGUCACUAUCGUACCUGGUUCCCAAAGCAUCAACGCUGGUCAGAAGACUAGAACAAAGAUUGACGUAGUAAAUAUUCCACAAGAGGUUCCCACUGCUGGAAAGUUGAACGUUGUCAGACUUUACUUCCGUCCAAGUGGUGGCGCUGUUUGGGAUUUUGGACCAAUUGUCUGGGAGAAUGUUAUCAUCACUUCUCGAACAACUGAUGCUUCGUGGUGCAGUGACAGUUGGAAAAUCAGUGAUGAUCUUAGUGUCACUGGUGGUAACGUGUAUUGGGGAGAAGGAGACCAAACAAUAUGCCAGACUGAUCGUAUGACAUGGGAACCUAAGAAAGGUAAUUGA